UCCCGUUCCUCCGCCAGGCUCCUUGUCUAGCAGUUCAACUUGUUCACUGAGUUUUGUCGUGAAUUAAUCAGCAGUACUAAAAACCGUUGCUUCUCCGUUUUUUUUCCCUAUAUCGAUUAGUUGUUGAAAGAGCGUAGGCGAGAAAAUGCGACCUUUGUCAGGAAGAUCCCGGUCUCGAUCACACUGAAAUGAACCAGCUGACUAAAGUAGGAAAUACCGCUCGAUACAUAGAUCGAACCUGGUUCGCGUAACAUGCUAAAAAUGCGGAACAACAUUAGCCUAUCAUAGUGUUAAGUUACAAUAUAUAGCCGUGAAAAAUCAGACGAAGGAGUACUAAGAAGUUGCCAAGUGUUGCUAACGACCGAGAGAAAGAGAACAUUCGUAGCAAGAGAUCGUUCCAAAAAGGACCAAAGUAGAAACAAAGAAAGGCAGGCACAGGUGAAUGAAGACGUCACCUAGAGGCUGGAGGAACGUGCCGAAGACGUAAUAACUACAUCAAAGAUUUAGAAGCACACAAGAUUUAGAAAGAGCAGCAUUUCCUGAUUAUCUCUUAUACAUUUCUAUCCUCAGUACUGCGAGCUUCGUUUCUUCAGUAUGCCACUCCUGGAUGAAUCGUAGCUCUCUCAGGGGUCGAACGUAGGCUCGAAUGUGCGUUGUUCCGCUGCUUGCUGCUGCUGCUGCUGCCGCAUAGUAGAAGCUGCUGCUCCACAAAUAAUUCCGCUACGCGCAGUCCCCCGAUGCAUAUUACUAUUGAAACAUCUUCUAAGACAGGACAGUCCUGCACUCUCAAUGGGUCAGGCCACAUCCACCGUCUGACAACCUACCAAAACCACCGGGGCCCCGCUUGGGGCAAAUGUAGGAGUUUUACUCUGCAGCGGCCAUUAAAGGCCAAUGAUGCCGCAUUUAAAAUAGGCACGUCACCGCGUCGCCAAAUUGAAGAACACCCACUUAGAUCCAACUCUUCUGUUGAAGCGGCCUAUGUGACUCGCACCAAUCACGGACAGUGGCCUUCGGUCCGACACAAAUGGUCCUCACCUUCUUCUUCUUCUUGUUUGCCCAAUUUGAUCAACAAAACUUGGCCGCGGUGGCACAGCCGGUGGCACCUGGCGGUAGCCGUGUUCGUGAUAGAUUGUUCGUUGCUGAUGCUUCCAAACCACGUCGGAGCCGCCAAAGGACUGCCUGACAGGAUACCCGUUGGUGCGAUCUUCUUAAAAGAGGGAGAAACAGAGUUACGAGCGGCGUUCGAGCACGCGAUCGAAGUGCACAAUUACCGCGAUUCACACUUCUCGGUGGCGCCGCAUGUGGAACUAGUAGAAUCUGAUGAUCCUUUUCAGGUCGCUAAAAAAAGUAAGCAGGAAUUUUAA